UUGGACUUCCUCCUCACGCUUCUUUGCGCUGAAUGACUAUCAGUCAGAGCGUACUCCACAUCAGCAGCAGCUUUGUACCGAAGAACGGCGAAAUCUCUUCAUCAUGGGCCUCACCAACGAUCCAAACUACCGCAAACUGGAGCAAUGGUACAAAUCUAGCGCCGGAAACCUGAACAUGAGGGAAAUGUUCGAGGCGGAUGCGGACAGAUUCAACAAGUUCAGUUUAAACCUGGAGACAGAUGAUGGAGACAUGCUGCUGGAUUACUCCAAGAAUCUCAUCAACACAGAAGUCAUGAGCAUGCUCUUCGACAUGGCGCGAUCGGUGGGUGUUGAAGCAGCUAGAGAGAAGAUGUUUACAGGAGAGAAAAUCAACUUCACUGAGGGUCGUGCUGUGCUCCACAUCGCUCUGAGGAACCGUUCUAAAACACCCAUCGUGGUGGACAAGAAAGACGUGAUGCCUGAGGUGAACCGAGUUCUGGAGCAGAUGAAGGCGUUCUGCCAUAAAGUGCGCAGUGGCGAGUGGAAAGGUUUCAGUGGUAAAGCCAUCACUGAUGUGGUGAACAUCGGCAUUGGAGGUUCUGACCUGGGUCCUCUGAUGGUGACUGAAGCUCUGAAGCCAUACUCUAAAGGAGGACCUAACGUCUGGUUCGUCUCAAAUAUUGACGGCACACACAUGGCCAAGACCCUCGCACAGCUCAACGCCGAGACAACCCUUUUCAUCAUCGCUUCUAAGACGUUCACCACUCAAGAGACAAUCACCAACGCUGAGACAGCUAGAGAGUGGUUCCUGCAGACCGCUAAUGACCCAUCUGCUGUGGCCAAACAUUUCGUGGCUCUUUCUACAAACGCACCGAAAGUGAAGGACUUCGGUAUCGACACCAACAACAUGUUUGAGUUUUGGGAUUGGGUUGGCGGACGCUACUCGCUGUGGUCGGCUAUCGGUUUGUCCAUUGCACUGCAUAUAGGUUUUGACAACUUCGAGCAGCUUCUAGCUGGUGCUCAUUGGAUGGAUAAUCACUUCCGCUCGGCUCCUCUGGAGCAAAACGCUCCAGUCAUACUGGCUCUGCUCGGCGUCUGGUACGUCAACUUCUUUCAGGCCGAAACGCACGCCCUGCUGCCCUACGACCAGUACAUGCAUCGCUUCGCUGCGUACUUCCAACAGGGAGACAUGGAGUCAAACGGCAAAUACAUCACCAAGUCUGGCACUCAUGUGAAUUAUCACACUGGACCCAUCGUGUGGGGGGAACCAGGAACCAACGGUCAGCACGCAUUCUACCAGCUCAUUCACCAGGGCACUCGCUUGAUUCCCGCCGACUUCCUCAUUCCUGCUCAGACUCAACAUCCUAUCAGAGAUAAUCUACAUCACAAGAUCUUGAUGGCAAACUUUCUGGCCCAAACAGAGGCUCUGAUGAGGGGAAAGACCUCUGAUGAGGCCAGGAAAGAGCUGCAGUCUGCUGGCAUGAGUGGAGAUGCUCUGGAGAAACUCUUGCCACAUAAAGUUUUCCAAGGAAACAAGCCAAGCAACUCGAUCAUCUUUAAGAAACUUACACCCUUCAUGCUUGGUGCCCUGGUUGCCAUGUAUGAGCACAAGAUCUUUGUGCAGGGGGUGAUGUGGGAUAUUAACAGCUAUGACCAGUGGGGUGUUGAGCUUGGCAAGCAGCUGGCCAAGAAGAUCGAACCCGAGCUCCAGGAUGAUGCAGAGGUUCAUUCCCACGACUCCUCCACUAAUGGACUCAUCAGCUUCUUCAAGAAGAACCGCUCUUAGAAAUCCCCUAAUCCCGCUCAUUAACCCUGCCUCUGCUGGCCCCCUCAUCUAAAGGGAUUAGUGAAUUAUGUAUUAACGCUUGACAUAAUUCAAACUCGAUAGGCCUAGCCAAGGAGGAUGAGCACUUUAUGUCUUCUGUAUGUCAUCUUAUAUAAGCCAUAAGAUUGUUGUGUGUUGUGAGAAUAUGACUUUAUUGAUGUGUCUGUGGACCACUAAGGGAAGUCUAUGCCUGUAUGCACUGCUUAUUAUUGAUGAAUUUCAUGUGCUCCUUCGGAACAGUGAACCACAAUAAAUGUAUAAUUUGUCACUUUGA